AAUUAAUGUAACGUUGUUUGAACGGAACUGAAAUUAACUUUUUUCUUUUUAAAAAGGUCUUAACUAAACUAGCUCCCACCAGUAACGCUGGCCAUUCCACUGCGCUCCAUGGAUCCUACGGCGCUGGUUAGAGAGUCUACUGCGCGUAUAGUACAGCGUGCCGGCCACGUAAGCAUUGACUCAGGAGCAGUGGGACGUCUCGCAGCGAAGCUGGUAAGUGUAUUACUACGGCAUACCAACAACUUCUCUUGACGAAUCGUAUUAUAUUUUUAUGUUUGAUAGAGUGCCAGACUAAGUGGGGAUGAGCACGGGGCGGUGACAUGGGACAGCGGCGAUUUCCACUACUUUGAGGACGUGACGCAGGACGGGCCUCUAACCUGUCAGUAUGUUUUUGUGCUGGAUGCCCUCAACUUUUGCUUCUGGCCUACCGAAAAGUAAGAGCUUUAUCGUUCCAGUCACAAAAACUUAGAGUUAUGGCGAUUGACUUUAGUUGAUGUGGCAGUAUGGAGUACGAACACUUGGCGAGGGGGCUCAAAACGGCGUUGCUGCGUGAUCCUCAUGCGCUGGAUGCCAAUAAUUUGGCGACUGUGGCCAAUGAAACAGUGGCGUCUUGGUUCCAUCCGUUCACACCACCACAAUUGGAUGAACGUCGGCGUAAGGUCCGAGAAGUGGGCGACGUGUUGCAGCAAUUCUUCGAUGGUCAGGCGCUGAACUUGAUCAAGAAAGCCAAUUUCUCGGCUGUUGAAGCUGUUCGCCUUGUGCUCGCAUAUUUCCCAGGCUUCCGAGACCACGCGGUGUAUAAAGGCGAGCAGGUGCAUUUCUACAAGCGUGCGCAGAUUUUGGUAGGCGACGUAUGGGCUGCUUACGGCCGUCGUACGUCGGGGAUUGCUUCUUUCCACGACAUCGGAAAACUAACUAUGUUCGCUGACUAUCGAGUGCCGCAAGUUCUACGUCCCGAGAGCGUGCUUGUUUAUUCAUCGGAGCUUGCUCAGCUCGUCGACAAUAAAGCUGAAAUCCCAGCUGGAAGUGAGAUGGAGCUGGAGAUCCGCGCUGCAACCAUCCAAGCGGUUGAGCUGAUCCACGAGCAAAUGAUCAUUAAAGGUCAUCACCUUGAGGUCAUUGAGCUCGACUGGCUGCUUUGGCAAAUUGGCGAAGACAACAAAGAGCACCUGCUGCCGUACCAUCGCACCUGGAGCAUUUACUACUAAAACCUCCACUGUAUAAAUCUAGAGCGUUUAAAACUGUCGAAUAAAAAGCGCAUGGAUGAGUUUGAAUCACAUCAAGCCGCAUGCAUUUAUCCUUUAUGCACU